AAUCAAGCACUAAUACAAAAAUAUUAAAAAAUAAUUGUGAGUAAUGUCAUUUACAUAUUUAACAUCAUCGAUAAGAAUUUUUUUAAUGAGAAAAUAAAUGUUGGAAAUUACUGGAAACAACAUUUUGUCUUUUCCAAAAACAACAGGAAGCUACCACUUUCUAUUUUCAGAAUUGAAAACGAAACAAAAAUAAUGCUAUUCGGUUCGGAAUUCAAAAGAAAAAUAUGGAUAUUUCGGAAAUCAGGGUUCUUUCAACCGAAAUUCCGAAUUUCCGACCGAAAAACCGAAAUACUAUAAUUGCAAGCUCUAAAUGAUGAUUUUUUUUAUGUUUGUAGUUGUUUUUAUACUUAAAUAUUUGAAAUAUUUUAUGACUUAUGUCUUGAAAAGUCUGAUUUUAUCAUUGGUGAUGCAUAUAAUUGCAUAUUUAUUAUUUAUAUUAUGGGUGACAAAUAAUUUAAAAGUGAGAAGAUACAAGUAGCCGCUCAAAUUCGUUUUUACGUUCAAAACCGAGAACCGAAUCAAACUAUAAUUCGGUUCGAUUUCGAUUUGAGGUUUGGGAAAAUUCGGGGACCCGGUACCCCUAGCAGAUGAGGGAAAAAAAUAUAAAUCCUCCGUGGACGUGGACAACAUGAAGACUACAUGGGUCGCAUGAGGCACUCGUGGGCUCGCUCGUGGACUCCCUGGCGAUGGGUCUAUGGGCUAUGCGUUAGUUGAUACUCAGCCCAAUACACCAAGUAGUCCAAGAUAUCUUGUCUGACUGACUCACUUUUUUUCUUCUGUCACUUGCGGUGCUUUGGACACACGGCUGGAACUCCUCCUCACAUUUAAUUUACAGCGAACAGAUUAUUAAAGAUGAUUAAGAAACUGAAACUGCAAUUAAUGAAAAAGGAAAGCUUUCAGUCAGCUGCGUUAUUGGACCAAUGUAAACUGAUUUGACCGAUCAUCUAAAGUGGUUUUGUUUCUCCAAACAAAUCCUUUCACUGUUGUAUCACUUAGGAUGACAAUUUUGACAUGAUUCGUUUUAGCCGACCUAUUUGACUUGAUUCGAGCGAAGUAGAUAAUAUCUCUGGUAAGUAUGCAGAGAGAUGGGUACUUUACUCGAUCUUACAUGCCUCAUUCAUGACCCAUUUGAACCUAAAUUACAUAUAUUUUUAUUCAAAUUACUUAAAAUACUUUUACUAUCUCAUAUAUAGUUUAGAUAUAAUGAAGGUGUAAACAAGUUAGAACCUAAUUUUUUGAACAAUUUAUUUACAUAUAUCAUAUUAUAGUUUGUUUCUUAGAUUUUUAUGAUAAAGAGAAAUAUUUUUAAUAUUUUCCUUUUAAAUUACAUAUUCAUAUGGCUCGACAUGCACCGAGUCACACCUAUAAUAAAUACCCAGCUUGAACUCAACAUGAGAAAAUACUUGCCAUCAAACUGCCCAUGGUCAUUCAUAAUCUCACUCCAUUCCAUGCACGCAUUAUAUAAGCCCCUAAAGAAGAGCACCUAGCUUGAUAUCAUUCCUCUCUUAGGUUUCUUCUCUCCAUCGAGCUCCUCUCUCUCUCUCUCUCUCUCUCUCUCUCUCUCUCUCUCUCUCUCAUGGCGAAGAUAUUGGUAAUUCUAGCAGUGGUGGGUUUAGCCAUAUCGCGCUACUGUAGGGUGGUAGCGCAGGAUCAGGAGGAGGCCUCCAGUACGCCUUCUCCCCUGUUGGUGUUUGGCGAUUCGCUAGUUGACAGUGGAAACAACAAUUAUUUGGACACCACGUUUCGCGCAGACUCGCCUCCUUAUGGGAUCGAUUCUCCCACCGGCCGCCCCGCCGGCCGCUUCUCAAAUGGCCGCAACAUGGCCGAUUACAUCAGUGAAGUACUUGAGCUGCCAGAGCCCCCAUCGCCGCACCUGAGCCCACAAUUCCAAGGGGAAAGGCUGCUUUACGGUGCCAAUUUCGCUUCCGGCGGAGUUGGGAUCUUGAAUGACACUGGCAGUGAGCUAGGGAACAUAAUAAGGAUGCCCGAGCAGUUGGCAUCCUUCGAGCGAUACCAGGCCCAGCUGGCAGCACUGGUCGGCGGGACGGAACAGGCUCGGCGACUAGUCAACCGGGCGCUGGUUCUCCUCGCUCUUGGCACCGAAGAUUUCGUCCGCAACUAUUUCACGCUCCCUUUCUCGGCACGUGCCAGACAAUACACUCCCCGCGGAUUCAUCGACUACCUGAUCUCCGAGUACGUGAAAAUCCUGCAGAGGUUGUUCGAGCUAGGGGCACGCCGUGUUCUGGUGAUUGGGCCGGGCCACAUCGGAUGCGUGCCGGCUCAGCUGGCGGCGACGGGCCGGGACGACGUCGUUGGGGAGUGCACAUCGGAGAUCGAGAAUGCUGCAUUGUUCUUCAACUCGGAGCUGGCUCGGGUAACUCAGCAGAUGAACAGUCAGCUUCAAACGGAUGUCUACGUUGCUGCCAAUACGUAUAUGAUCGGCUACAACUUCCCCAACAAUCGCGAUGCUUACAGGUACACCGAAUGGAGAGUAGCUUGUUGCGGGCAAGGUUCUUAUAACGGAGAAGGACAAUGCACACCAGCAUCGAAUCUGUGCCCAAAUCGUGACGAAUAUGUGUUUUGGGAUUCCUACCAUCCCACGGAGAGGGCUAUUGCGGCAAUUCUCAAGUUCAUCUUGGACGGUACUCCAGAGGUUAUGUCACCGAUGAACCUCAACACCAUGCUGGCUGUGAACAACGAGACUUAAGUUCUCAAAUCUAUACUUCUACGUAGAAGUUUGUACUUCCCGCUGUGUCGUUUGGUCGGAUAUGUACCCAUGAGUCAUGACUAUAUAUGUGGGCAAUGAUGAAGUUCGUAUUAUGUGUAGGGGUGGCAAUACGGUCCGGUCCGGUUAAAUUGGCCCAAAUUGAUCCGGUCCAGUCCGGUCUUUUUGAAAAUAUAAGGACCAAAGAUUGGAUUGGAUACAGUCCGGUCUUGAUCCGGUCCGGUUUUGAUCCGGUCCGGUCCCAAUUCAGUCUUGAUUUUACAUUGAGAUUUUGGGAUUUGAGUGGCCUAAGGCCUUAAAGGGUGAGGAGUUGGUUAAGUUUUGUACUAAGUGCAAAGGUUUGUGACCGUUUAUCCAAAUUACCCUUAAGUUUUGGGUGUUGAGCUCUCUUAUCCGGUCUUUAUCCGGUUUUUUACCUCAAAUCUAAGCCCAAAGAUUGGAUUGGAUUGUUUACUAUCCGGUCCCGGUCCGGUCUCGGUCCGGGUUAUACGGUCCGGUUUCCGGUUUUUAAUCCGGUCCCGGUCCAAAUAGCCACCCCUAAUUAUGUGGCAUUUUGAGUUUAUGCGGAGACUGUUCUCAAUUGGCUUUUUUAUUUUAUUUUAUUAUAAGAGGUUUGGAUUUCAUACAAUUUUUACAUUAUGUUUUUUUCCUAAUGAAUGCGUAAAUUUCUA